CCCGGGCACCCAGCCCCAGACCCGCGCUCCAAGUUCGGCCCAGGGCGCGGGAGGCCGCCCGGCUCUCCCGGCGGGCGUGGGAUGGCGUUGCCAAACUUGGUCACCACUUGCCUUUCUCAACCUGUGCAUUAUGCGAUUUGCAAACUUGGAUUUGAGAAGACAGACACCUAUGAUAUUAAUAAACUUUUAUCUGGAAACGGGGAAGUAUGUUGGCAAGCUGUUACAGAGCAUGUGUGUUACCUUGAAUCAGAUCAAGACGUGGAUUAUAUCAAAAGCAUACGAUCAUUAGGACCUGUAUGUGAAUCUGUUAAUUUGUAUUUCAAAUUUCUGACCAAGGAGCAAUUUGUAAAUCAGUAUGCAUCAUGGUUCCACUGGACAAACUGCACAGAGGUAUUUCUUGAAGUGUUUGAUGUUCUCCAGUAUACACAAGCUACAGAAGUUGCUCUUAGCUUAAUGAAACUAACAUCAUGCUUGGAGCGAGCCCUGGGUGACGUGUAUUUACUUAAGGGUAACGAUUGUCCUUUCCUUCUAAGAGACUUGCUUGCAUCUGAGCAGCUUGCAGAUAUCUUUGGACAAGCUGUAAUGAAUGUACUGAGGGUAUUCAUUGGAUCUCCACAUGGUCUGAACCUUCGUAAUGUUUUGUGGCAUGGGUUUGCGUCACCACAAGAAAUUCCUGCCAAAUACUGUGCUAUGCUGCUUUUUUUAACUGCAGGAUUGGGUCAGUUGUUAAAGACUUACCUUCUGCAAACUAAAGGUGUUUUAGUACAUCGACCUUAUGUGAUCUUCAUUAGCUUAGAUGAGCUUGCUGCAUUUCCAGAUCUUAAUAAUGAAAUAAUUUCCAUAGCUGAAGAACUUGUGAAACUGUCCAGUUUUGUAUUAAAAAUUAUGUUACCAUUUUGGAUAGCUGCUUUAACAGCUUUCAAACAAAGCAGGUAUGCUGACAGUGUGAUUCUCUUACUUCCUCAGCUGGAAGUUGGACUUAGAUUGCUCUUCACUACAUCUAAUAAAUGUCCAAAUCGAUUGCUAACAGCAGAGUCUUCUGCUCUCUACACCACUUUUGAUGAGAUGCUAGCAAAGCAUUUGGAUAAUGAAGAAGUCAACCAGCUACCUGUAGUUCUUGAGGAGCCUGCCAUGGACUUCCUUUGGGAUUUCUUGAACCACCAGGAGGGCCCACGUAUAAGAGAUCGUUUAAGCCAUGGAGAGGUCAAUCUAGAAACAUUUCCCAGAGAAGUAGCUAACCAGAUAGUUGGAUUUGCUAUUAGUAUUCUCUGCAGAUUCUCAGAUGAGGAUAUGUUUUCUCUUAAGGAACACAUGGCCAUAAAACCACUGAUGAACUGUGCAAGUUGCUACCAAUCUCGAUUUCAUCCAAUUUCCCGACUCAAGAAACAGGUGCUGGAAUGUAUGAAAAGCAUCCACUUAUGGCCUGAAUUGCCAACAGUACCUGAGGAACAAGUACAAAAGAUUAAAGGGUUGGAAGGAAAUGCUGAAGCUGAUACUUUGAUUUUGAUGACAUCUGAAAUUAUAUCUCAGUUGCAGCAUUAUAUGCCCCAGAAUUGCUGUAGUUCAGAUGAUCCUAUCAAUAGUCUCCUAACAGAGAGGCUGCUGGUGAAACUUUGUGACACGCGCGUUUGCACGCUGUAUUCCCCACGACCUGUCCUGGAGGUAGUGGCGGUGCUCCGCAGAAUAAGCGCGCAGUGCCAUCAAGUGUCCCAACAGGUUAUUGCCGGCGCUGGGCAGAGAUACGCGCAGUGGCUUAACAAGACUCUGCGUUCUCGCCAGAGGCACAACUAUCGACGGAUGCUGAACAGCAUUAAAUUUUUGUCUCCAGUGUUGCGGCUCAUCUUACUUUUGAUUACUCUGGAACUAGUCAGUGUUCAUUCAGUUUGUAAGAAGAAUCCUUUUGAUUAUCAGCAGUAUCUAAAGUUUUUGAAGUCAGUCUUGCAGUACACUGAGAACUUAGUGACAUACACAAGCCCUGAGAAAAAUAAGUGGGAUGAAACCAUGGAACUUACAAAGAAGAUUUUGAUAAAAAUAAGGGAAAUCUGUGACAGAAAGCUAAUGUUAGUGCAUCUAGCUACAUGAACUAAGUGGGCUUAUGAUUGUCUGGACAUUGUUAUAUCUAAACAGUUAUGGUGACUUCAUAUUUGAUAAAUCUGAUUCAAAGCCAAACUUCAUAAGUCAUUAUCAAAUUUUGGAUGCAAAGUUUACUCUUUUGAUCGGAGGGUAGCUGCUGAUUCUGGAGAUGAAUGAUCAGGCUUCCAGAGUACAGGUUGUUUGCCAAAUCCACUGAAAAAGAUAUACUGUGAACUAAAUCAGGAUGAUGCAAGUUCUACUGUAAAUAUAUCUUGUGUUUUGUACAUUGAUUUUUAAUGUUUUUUUCAUUUCCUACUGUACUGAAAACUCCCUAAGAAAAAAGUGUGAAUAAAGGCUCUGUAA